GAUAAAAACACAAGACCUGAUCACUGGCUAUACCCAUCGAUUGCAACCGAAUGCUCGUCCAACCAUCACGAAGGACACUUCUGGAAACAAUACGACAGCGGAACCCAAUUUGCUGCCAGCCACAGGGCCGGUUGCUUCACUUCGCAGCCAAAUACCUCAACUCGAAUGGCUCUUGGCACGACGCUGGCUUACAAGAGCUCCGAGGCCGCCUCGAGCAUAAGAUUUCUACCGUGAAAUGGAAAUUCCCAUUUGAUAAAGUCACAGGGGAGGCUGCUGUUCUCGUCCCAUUGUAUAACGACACGGACGGAAAGGCGAGAAUAUUAUUUACCAAGAGAGUCUCUAGCUUACGGCAGCACGGUGGUGAGAUAAGCUUCCCAGGCGGCAAGAUGGAUUCGGAGGACGAAUCCUAUGUCCACACUGCCCUCCGCGAGACCUCCGAAGAAGUCUUCCUCUCACCCUCCAAAUUCCAAAUCCUAGGCUCAUUACCCGCGCUACCCAAUAAGACGGGAACGAUCAGGGUUCAUCCUAUUGUAGCGUUCUACACUGAUCCGUUAGAUGUGACCGAGAGCUAUCCGUGUAAUAAAGAGGAGGUCGAAAGAGUCCUUGGGCUUGAGGCAGAGUGGCUUGGUGAUCAGAAGAAUAUGGGAACCGAGUUGUUUAGAGGAAAAGUGAAGUCUCCGGUCUGGAACCUGCCGGAGGGGGAUAAAAUUUGGGGAUUGACGGCGUAUACGAUGAACAUUUUGACGAAGUGGAUGGCAUAGCCAGUCGGGACUGUUCAGUGAGACAACUCAAGAAGCAUGGAUUGGAUAUAAGAUAACUUGAGAUAUUUAUAACGGUUGUGUGUAAGAUAUACGAACAUUGGCGCCGCC